CCGGGCCGGGCCAUGGCGAGCGGGGCGCGGGGCGCCUGGAGCGAGUGGCCGGUGGAUCACUUCCUGCGCACGGGGCACAUCGCGGCCAGGGACGGCGCCGCCGUGCGCUGGUUCCACGCCGCCAACAGCCGGGCCCGGGCCGCGGAGGCCGCGCGGAGCGAUGUGCACAUGGUGGAGGUGGAUGUUGUCCUCCGGGGAGGGGACAGGGACCCCAUCCUGGCUCAUCCCCCGGACACUGACAGCGACAUCACCCUGCAGGAAUGGCUGGCACAGAUGGGCAGCACCAACAAAGGCAUCAAGCUCGACUUUAAGAGCCUGGCCGCCGUGGGACCCUCCCUGGAGCUGCUGGGGCAGGCGGGGCAGCGCCUGCACAGACCCGUGUGGCUCAACGGGGACGUCCUGCCGGGGCCCUGCGGGAGCCGCGCGCCGCUGGACGCCCGCGCCUUCCUGCGCGCCGUCACCUCCUCCUGCCCCGACGCCACCCUGUCCCUGGGCUGGACCACGGGCUGCCACCGGGGCCAAGGCUACGAGUGGCCCGCGGUGCAGGAGAUGCGGCGCCUGUGCCAGGCGCUGUCCCAGCCGGUGACGUUCGCGGUCAGGGCUGCGCUGGUGCCCGGCUCCAUCCCGCAGCUGCAGUGGCUGCUGCAGCAGUGCCGCAGGUACAGCCUCACUGUUUGGACAGGAAAGGAGGAUGUGUAUUCUGUGGAAGACUUGCUUCUCAUCCGAGAAAAUUUUGAUAAAAGUAGGGUUUAUUAUGACAUUUUUGAGCCACAAAAUUCUGAAUUCAAAAAAGCGAUUGGAAUAGAAUAGUAGAUGGAAAGCAGGCAAUGCCUGACCCUAUAGUGCUUUACACUGCAGCUCUCAGGAUUGUCCACACUGGAAAUUUCUCCAAUAAAAGCUAAAGCCCUGCUAACCAUCUGCAGGAAGAGCCUGACCUGGUUCAUUACAGCCAUUUAUUGCCUCUUUUGCUGCUGCAAUUCCCAGAAUUCACACGGACUGAGACACUGGCAGUGUGGGAUUGGCUCCUGGCAAACGCCACAAGCGGUAGCAGAAAUACCAAAGGUUUCUUCCGCAAUCACAGAGGACAUCUUAGCUUCUGAGUAACAGCUAAUGCCCUGAGAAGCAUUACUCCUUCAACUUCUUGUCCUCCUUUUCCUGUUCCCCUCACAUGGCUCCUGUGCGAAUUUUCUUAACUCAUCUGUUAGCCUCACAGAUACUGUACACGAUAUUUUACAGGCUGUUAGUACUGAAGUAAAUUACAGUCAUUUUUACCGCUGUUACAUGGCAUUGGUACAGCUGUGAUAGAAAAGUUAGUUACAUUUCUUAAUCCUACAUUUUGAAUUAUCGUGAUCUCACGCUAAAAUUCAAGACUUCCAUUUGUAACCGACUACUCCUUUGAGAGAUUUAUCUAAUAGUUGUUUUAUUGAGGGGUAGAGCUUUCUUCAUUUUGGUCACCUGCUAAGGUGUGCUUGACCAAAACUUAGGAAAAGAUUGUUCCACAUAAGGAAGAAAACUACUUGAUUAUGCCUGAGAUAACUGAACAGAGUGCUUGAUUUAAUUUAAUCACCCAUAAAGUGAGUGGCAGUAACCACCAAAGGGUCAGGCUUGGCUGUGUGAUUUCUGCAGUGAGUUUGGAGAAGCGAUUCUUUCUUCAGUUGUGGUUUGUUGCAGGCAGUUGCAUUCAUCGAUUUGCAGGAUUCCAUCUCUCAGUGGUAGGCCUCUUAGGGACCACAGGCACACAUUUUUCUGCCGCUUAGAAUUCCUCCUACUGACCAGUUCCCACCUGAAGUUCUGGGAUUUGUUACAACUCAUUAAACUAUUAAGUAAAAAGCACCAGCAACUGCCAGAAGUAUUUUGAAAGAAGAAGUAUAUCUAAGCAAUACCUGUGGAUGUCAGUAAACAUGAUAAUCAUAUAAAAUUAAAGAAGACAUCAUCUGGAUUACCAGGAAAUGGCUGCGUGGUGAAUUUGAUUAUUCUGUAUGGAUUAUUCUAUGUAUAUGAAUUUCUGUAAGUAAUUUUACCUAUGAAUCUUUGCUAGUCCCCUGUGAAGUUGUUUAUGUCAGUCUAGUCUGACUUGCACAUAAAUAAAUUAAUUUGAUUUUA